UGACUACUCGUUCCCAGUUUUUUCCUUCCGUAGCUAGCAAAUCGAUUGGAAAAACUAACGUUAGACAUUACUCAUUAGCACGGGAUAAAAUAGAAAAUGGCAGGCUCUCCAACGGACGAAAAACAAAUGGAUCUUAACAAAGGUAAUAGUUAAACUUUGCUUUAUUUUCUCCGUCAUAAGUUAUCGAAGUAGACGUAAAAGAUUUCGCCUUGACCUCGUCAACGUGGCUCUUGUUUACAUUUUUAGUGACAGCUCAGCUGGUAAAAAAUUAAUGGUUUCAAUAAGACAAAAAAUUAUGUUAAAUGACAAAAUCAGUAGAAUUCUUUACAUAUGUGUCGUACUUGAUGCCGGUGAAUCUUUUUGUUUAUCUGCAUGAUUACAUGUGAGUGCAUUGUCAUUUUCACAUGACAUGCUGUUAUAUCUAGCUAGGCCUAUUGGUUGUACUUUAAAGCCACUUGACAUGUUUUGUUCAGUAAGGUUCCUUAAACAGCAUUAUCUCAUAUGAACUGUUAUUUUAUUUUGGGGAAGAAGGGGGCGGGGGGUCCAGGAAAAUUCAACAGAUGGAAUAGUUUACCAAACAUACUUUUAAGGAGGAAAAGCACACCAAAGAAAAGUUAAGGAGGACAUGAAAAAUAAUAUUUUGAAAUUGAAAAUUUUCAAAUUUACCUCAUUCAGUGAAAAAAUGCAGUUUUAGUAAAAGUAACAUGAUAAAAUUUAAAACCCCAGCUAAACUUGAACCCACAAUUAAUCCAGAUUGUCAGUCAGACAAGUAUGCAGCUAAGGCCAGGCUUUUAUAAGAUUUUUACAAGAAAUAUACUGCUGAUAUUUAUUUCUCCAUAUGUGUUUCAAUGACAUCAGCCAUUAUGAUAAUGUGUCCCUCAUCUUUGUAGGGUGAAAUGAUGCAUCGCAAUGCGGCCGAAUCGCGAUGUAGUGGUCUCGAUUCGAUUUAUUCGGGGUCUGUUUCGGUUCGAUACGGUUCUAAAAUCAUAGCACACAUUGCUCUUGAUAACACGGUUUCUGAUUAGCCAAUGGAAUUGAAAAUUGCCCAAUCAACAUACGAGUAAACUUUGCUGUAUCAAAAUGGACACAGUCGAGUUGAAAAAUGCACCCCCAAUGUUUAAAUCCUGGGCAUGGCAAUAUUUAGGCUUUAGGACAAGUGAAAAGAGUGUUGCUUUAUGUUAAACGCUUUUAUAUUAUGUAGAAUUUAUUUGCAGAGAGCAAUAAAUACAACGAAACAUAAGAAAAUCUUAGCAUUAUAAAGAAUUUGGUACAUGCUAUUGUAUCGAAUCGAAAGUCAUCGAAUCGAGACUAAAGUAUCGAAAAUCGAAUCAAGAAGGUACUGUAUCGUUUCACCCCUACAUCUUUGAUAUUUUUGUUAGAAUCGUAAUCAGGUUUGUUUUUCUGUACCUGUUUACCUGAGUCCAUUAAUUCAGGCUCAGUUCACUCUAAAGCACAUUCCUCAUAUAUGACUUAAUCGCCAUGAUACCAGUUCAUUGAUUUGGGACUGUUUGACCAAAUAUUAUAGUUUAUAAUAAUGCAUCAAUCAUGGUUUUAAUUAGCAUAAUAAGACACUGUUUUGACAAUUAUAUUUCUAAAGUAAUUAGAAUAAUUAGAAAAUUAAUUAAUUAGCUUGGAAUGAAUGGAAAUCAGAGUGAGUUAAAAGCAUUGUCCUUUGGACAAUAUUUAGUUUUUAUUAAGAUAUGAUGUUAGAAGAAGAAUAACCAAAUAAAAAUUGCUUUGUUUCUGCCAACUAACUAACUGCACAUUAGGAUGCUGAUCUUCAGUAAAAUUUCUAUCUCACUAUUCCAGUGUCAAGUUAAUCUACAUAGUGUAGAUGCAUUUUGUCACAAUUUAAUCAGGUUUGAUGUUAAAGAACUUCAUAUAAUUAGGCACUUGAAUGGAAAUGUGUGGGUUUUUUUUGGGGUUUUUUUUUUAUCACUAAAGCCCCAUUCACAUGCCCUAAUUUACUCACAGGAUGCAAAUUCUGCAUAUAUGCAAAAUCUAUGCCCGGGUGUAAAUUUGAGCAUGUGAACGCAAUUGCAUAUAUGCAAAAGUAAAUAUACAUAUGUGCAAAUAUACACCCAGGUGUAAAUCUGCACCUACUCAGACCAGAUGCAAAUUUACUUUUGCAUAUGUGUAUAUUUACUCCUAGUGUAUUUUCGUCAUGUGAACGCAUACACCGUAUACAACGUCACACUCAAGGAGUCGUCACUGUGGAUCACGAGGGCUCGGCUCCGAAAAGUAUCACCGAGUAUGAGAUCAGUUUUCUCAUAAAAUACACCGUAUUUCUGCAAACAUCAUAUUGCAUAGAGUGUUGUAGACAUAUCUUGAUCAAUCAAAUUUGUCACUGCAUGAAGCCUACACAGUAAAGGAAAAUCCUCCUUCUCAAUCGAAAAUAAUCCGCCAUCUUUAUCAAACUUCGAGAAUCAUUGCCAUUUGACCCUAAUUUGUUAUAAGUACCAUGUGAACGCUUUGCAAAUAUACUUUUACACACGGGUGCAUUUUUUGCAUGCAUUUUUUGCAUAUAUGCAAAAUUUGCACCCUGUGAGUAAAUCAGCGCAUGUGAACGGGGCUGACCUGAAAAAUUGGAUAUGAAAGGAAAAAUGUUGUUGCAAUUAGUUGAAAUUUCGUUUUAUUUUAUGCAUAACAAAUUUUGUAUACUGUUUACCUUAUAGAACAAUUAGCAGUAUUUAUAUGACAUUGAUAAAUUUAGAAAUAAAUAUUAUCCAUAGUUAAUUACGACGAAAAGGUCUAGGCAGUUUGUGAUCAUUGUGCUUACAUGUAUCAACUAAACUAAAAUACCAGAUGGAUUGGGGAAAUUAUACAAUCAACUAUCAAUCUGAUGUGAAUAUAUUCAAGUCAAUGAAAUCAUUCUUUGAAAAUAUUUUAUUUCAAUGAUAUACAUGUAGUUUAUUGGGACUGGUGAUUUUAUGUUGUUGAAAUUACACAAGUGUUGCACGUUUGCAGUUGAGUCAAAUUUGAGAUAGGUAGCAUUGUUAGAUAAUGAACAGGUAGAAUUACAUUAAGUGAAAAAUUAUUUCUCAGUGAAAAAUUGGCAGAUAUGAAGAUUGAUACAUGUUUAUUUUAAGUGAAUACACAUAUUAUCACUACGAGACAAUAAUUAUUUUUGCUGACGGUACCAGCAAUUGUGGCAAGCAGUUUAUGUGGGCACCUAAAUUGGAAUACACAGUCCAUAUGACUAAUCAAAAUUUAUGUAAAGGUUAAAAUCCUGAUUAUACUAAAUCCAUAGUUACGACAAAAUGUUUACAUUCCAAAAUGUUUUUCUGUAGAAAAUCUUCCAAUUAUUUGAAAUUUCAUGAAAGUCAUAAUUUGACAUUAUAUAUAACAUUGAUCAGCAUGCCUGUGACUAAAUCACUUUGUCUUAAAUUCUGUUUUAUACUGCUUAUUGAACUAAUUAUAGAGCUUGUAUCCACCACUUGGAAGUUACUUCAUUUUAAAACUGACAACAUUGGAUCCAGUCUGUUUAUUUGUUUAUUCAAUUACAGUCUGUGUCUAUAUUUUAUCUUGUUAUUAAACUUGCAAAUAUUGAAAUUUGUAGGAUUUUUUAAAAAGGAAUACUUUUUCACAUACAAUGUAAAUGUAAGAUUAUAAUGAUUAUUUUUUUAGCAUCCAUUGUGCUAUUGACAUGAAACAGGUGUGGAUCGAGACAAAUUUUCACAUUGUAAUCAUGUGUGUUAUUCAAUUUAUUUGUACAUUUAAUAUCAUAAUGUUCUGUGUUAUACCACUUGAUACAUUGAAGAAAGAAAAUUGGUAUUAAUUAAUGCUUAAUAACAAUUCUCAUAGUCCAAAAACUAAAAAUUAACAAACAUUUAGUAGGGUAGGAUUAAAUCCAGUGUAUAAAGAUGAGAAAUGAGUUUGACUCCAUUAGACUAUAGACAAGUUUUUCUGUACUCAGAAAUGAGGAAUCUGAGAUCUUCCAUUUAUCAUUGCUUAGAUUGAUUAGCAAUUCCCUUCUGAAAAAAAUCAGUUCACGGUUUCAAAGUGGAAGAUUUCAUAUUUAUGAUAUUAGUUCCAAUUCAAGUCUUUAGACAAUAAACCACUAAUUGAGGAUUUCCCGUGUACAACUAUUUUUCAGGAGCUGUAUCCAUUGAUCUAUAUCAAAAUUGUUAAAAUAAUCAAGGCAAUGAUAUGUACUUUAGAUGUGUAUUGUGUCAAAAAUUGUUGAUUUAAUGUAUAGGGGGGUUUGGGGUAUUUCUGUCUAUAUCUAUAAGUGAUAUGAAGGUAAACAUACAUAUCUAAGUUGAUGGUAAAUAUUGCUUAUUAGAUGAAUAUUUCAUUUAUCUGGUGAUGUACCCAUUACCUGCGAAUUCACCAACGUAAAGUACCCCUAGUGAUGUACUAGGAAAUCAAUCUGUUCUGUGUUAUCAGUGAGCAGAUAAUACAAUACACCCAAGGGCAAAAUAUUGUAACAUGCUUUAGAUCCUUGUAUACAUAUAGACCUAUUGACCUAUAGCAUGUAGCAGACAGUUACAUGACUGUGUAUAAAGAAAUAAAGAGAGGUGGUAGAAAUUGAGAAUGAUCUUGUGGAACUUAUAAUAAUUACAAAUCCAUAAAAUGUUCACUGUUCUGAAUUAUGUAAUGUCUGACAGUCAUCAGAAGGCAGGUUUGACAAUUAGUGGUGACUCAUUGAUAGGUUCACGUGGCCAGGUGAGCAGUCUACGAAGACGGGGUUUUCAUAGGCCAAUUUCUCCUUGUACGGUGUGUUGUAUUUGGUGCGUCCAUAUGUUUUUCCUGAAAGAACAAAUGAAGAGAAGUCCAGGCCAUUAGUUUAGAAAAUCUGCUGUGGAUUAGUGGGUCCUGGGUUCAUGCAUUAUUAUAACUUGUAUAUUGAUUGGUGUGAGUGGAAUCCGUGGUCUUAAUGAGCUAGACAUACUCUGAUUGAUCGUUAACUCCUGCUGUGAUAUAUAGGAAGUCCUGUCUCCAAAUCUUCAUGUUUGUGCAUUUUCUUCUCAGCGAGAUAUCAUCAACUGAUCUGUAGACAGAGAAACAGUGAACUUCUGAGAAAUAUACUCUGAUGUUAAGAAAGAUCUACCAGGCAUUAAUGUACAUUUUCAGACAGUAAUUUAUAAUUUAUCAGUAUCUUUAGUUCUCAGAUUAGUUGACUACAUAUUGUGAAUUUUGUAUCCAAUAUUGCACUUUCAUGUAUGCUAAUGUACUGGUUAUCAGUUUGAAAGCUUUCAUUUCUGAUUGUGUGAUUUAUUUAGUGAUAUACAUGUAUAUAUCAUUUUAAACAUCAUGUGAAUGUCAGUCGACUGCACUUUAAUCAACACAGUUACAAUGUUACAGACUUAUUGUAAAAAAGGAGAAUUUGACAUAACCUUUCAAAAAAACAACCUCCUUCUUCCUGAGUUGUGAAUGAAGAUAUCUUGAUAUUGAGAACAUAUUGAGUUGGUACAUGUGGAACAGUUUUGGGUCUGGAAUAUAAAUCUCUUGAGGAUAAUGUUCUCAUUUAUGGCAAAAAAGAGCCAACCAAAAUCAGACAAAAAUGACAAGGAGCCACAGGCCACCGAGAAUGGAGAAGCUGAUGAAGAUUUCAAAUUGAAAAUCAGUGAAUCAUCAAAUUAUCACAAAUUUCUGCAGUUGACCCUCGAGGGUUCCCAGUCUGACGAUGAGGGGUCACAUGGCGACCUUGAUGGAUACAUAGAGGAUGACAUUGUUGGAGAGACAUUUUUGUCUGAAUGUGAUGCAGAUAUUGAUGCAUCUGAUUUAACUGAAGCAGAUGAACAUUUGUUUGAGAAGGAGGAGAAUGCUACCCCAGCUGCAGAGGAACCAAUGUCAGAGGAGGACAGACAGCGGCAGAUUGAGGAGUGGAAGGAGGAAUUGUCCCGGGUGGAAGGGGAGAUAAGUACACUCAGACAAGUGUUAGGAUCCAAAGUGAGGUAUGCCUCGGAACUUAAGAGGAAGAUUGGCAUUACACCAUUCCAAGAGCUGAAGCAUGACUUUUCUGAAGGAAUUAAGUCCAUCCAGCAGUCAGAUACGUACCAGAAGACAAAUGAAAAACUUACGAAUCUCCAAAACAAAAUAACCGGCUCCACAGCAUAUCAGAAAACAAAUGAAAAACUUCAUGAUAUAAAUGACAAGAUUACACAUUCCUCAGCAUACCAGAAGACUUCUUCAGCGGUGAAGACAGCAUCAGAAAAAACCAAUGAGACCGUGCGCAAUGUGGCCACUUCUGUCAGCAAAAAAUUAGGAGAUUUCAGGAAUUCUGGUGCUUUUAAAUCAGUGGAAGAAAAAGUGGGAGGUGCUUAUGCAAAUGUGAAGACAUCCAGAUCUAUAGAGAAUUUUAAGGAGAGACUUAAAUUUGCUAAAGUUACUGGAAGCAAAUCAGAAGACAACUUUGAGAGCGCUCUUCAGCAGGAGACCGAGGGAACCACGGCUGCCAAUGGUGAUCAACCCACAUCCUUACCUGAAGAGAAAAUUCCUCUCUAAACCCGAUUAUUUAUAGUUAUUAUGAAAUUCCAUCUUAAGUGCUUCAGGCUUCUGGAUUGGAAUGACGUAAUUAAUGGACCAAAGUUUAUGAAUUGUAUGUCAGUUUGUUCUAGGUUAAAAAAUUACGCUGCUUUUACAGUCAAGAUGUACGCAUAGGUCAGAUUAGAUAUGUACUAAAAAAAAAACGUAAAAAGAAAAUCUAUCACUGAAUGGUCUUUGAUAUUUCCCCACAUUUACAUACCUACAUAUAUCAGAAAGUUUCAUGAAAAUUUUAGUGAUAUCAGACUGUGAUGAUAUUCAGAACUAAUUUAUUAUUGUUUGCAGUUUGAGAUUAAAUGUGUUUUGAUCAUUCAAAGUUGCAUAUUUUUUAAUGUAUGUAUUUACAAAAGAUGUCAAAAUCACAUUUCAAACAUUGUUUUACAUUUAUUCGAUAGUUUUGUUUACCAUUUUGUUUUAGAUUUCAAACUUGAUUCAUCUAAAAGUUGUUGACCAUUUAUUAUACUCUGAAAUGAGAGUUUGCAAUACAUUCUCGCAUCCACUGAGAGAACAUCUGGCUGUUCAUUUUGUAUGUUAUGUUGUUUAAUACAGAAAAGCUGUUGUAUAUGUAUGUGGUGCUUAAAAAGUUCCAGAUUGUGUUGAAUUUUGGGCUUCAAAAUGCGUACUGCAAAUCAACUUUUAUUUUUAAGCGAGAAAUUUUCGUGAGGUUCACGAGAGUCUCAUCAUCUUGAAUAUUUUUCAUUGUAAAUCAGUCCUUUAAUAUCUCUUGUAUAUGUUUAAGAUAAUCUUGGUCGCAAAUAUUGGUUGUCAGUUCAUCAGUGGUAAAUCGGAAAAUAGUUCAUCAGUGGUAAAUCGGAAAAUAGAGUUGUCAUGAAUAAAAGUUGGUUUAUAGUACAUAUGUAUGUUAAUGUUAGAGGCGGGGUUAUAGAUGCGCUAGGUAUUCAUAGAUGGCAUGCAAAUUCAUAGACGGCCUGCAGUUUUCCAUUAGCAUAUACAUGUAUUUGUGAAACAUAUUAACAUGUACGAUCCAUAAUGGAUACUUCCAGACAUUCUUGGUCAGUUAGGUAAGAAUUGUUAUCUUGUCCGGGGGGGGGGAGGGGGGGGGAUCUUUAGAACCAUUGUAAACAAUCUGAAAUGCAUUGUACAUGUUUAAUAUAUAAUUGUUUCCACUGGCUGAGAUGCACAAAUGUAGAUAAAUGGUUAAGAUAAAUAAGUAUAAUGCAUGUAGGAAGGUUUUAUUUGAAAUUGAAAUAAGUGCCAUAAAGGAACAUAUUUUCUUUGAUUUUUUAACAAUGACAAUUUUUUACAAAAACACAUAGACAUUUAAAUGCAUUUAGAAUUAAUUGAAGGUAGUUUGUUUACUCCCAUACUACAUGUAUAUGCCAGUGUAAUAUGUUGGGGGAAAUCAAACCCCCAGCACUGACAUUAGUAAGCAUGAGGUAAUAGGUAGUGUAAGAUGCAUAUAUUUCAUGCGCAAAAAUAUUUUUUUUAUUUUUUUUGAGCAUUGGGGGGAUUUCCACCCCUGAUAAUUUUUAUAAGGGUAGAGUGCUUCAUCUCCCAGGUAUUAAAAAUAUUGGGGAUAAAGGGGGGGGGGGGGGGGGGUAGUAGGGUUUCCAGCGGACACUGGGGGGGGGGGGGGGGGGUUAAGAUUUUGCAAUCAAAAUUGCACCAGAGGGGUGUGGACUCUCAUUUUGCAUUCACACUAGCAUAUGGACAUUUUUUGUUUGAAACUUUGUCUGAACUUAGAAUUCUGUACCGUCUUUGAGUAUAUGACAGUCGUGUUUGUAAAGUGGAUGAGAAGUCACACUUUCAUUGACAACAGUAAAUUUGCAAUAUCUAAAUAAAAGAUGACACAAUAUUUUGAGCACAUGUAAGGAGAAAGUUCUUCAUAUGGAAAUUGUGUAGAAAGAAUGGGUAACUCAUACGUUAAGAAAGCAUAAGUAUUAUUCUGUGUAAACACUAUCCAGUCUUUUUUUCACGGUGUACCACCUUGAUGGUUGAGGGAUAAACAUUGGUGUUGCCUGCACUGGCUUUGGUCUCUCUCUCUCUCCUGCUAUUGUACAUAACAAUAUCAAAACCCUCAAAUACUUUGUUAUCUGUAUAAUUGUGUUGAAGAACUUAAUCCUCAGUAUGUUUUGUGUGUGUAAUGAGUUGAUUAAGCCACACUUACUGAUAUUUUUAUAUAGGAGCUGUACAGAUUUCCUCGUACAGGUACCUUGUCUGUCCAUAUUGUUACAACAAAGGCAAUGCAUUCUUUUCCUGUGUUGACAUAUUGAAUUAUAUCAUCAUAAAAUAAAAUAUUAAGCAAAGUUGAA